CUUAUCUUUUGUAUAAAGAAAUCUUCAUAGGUUGGUGACAACCCCAGUCAUGCAGCUGGAUGACCACCGCCCCGCAAAUUUACACAUAAAAAUGCCGGUGGAAAUUGUGCCACAUGCUGUCCACCUGGGGUCACUCAAGCCAGGCUUUUUUAUUUUAACAAACUCUCCAUGCCGUUUGGAACAUCCCAUGAAGCCAUUGUGCAAAUCUCUCGGCUUGCACUAUGGUCUUUUUACCGACGAAUAGAAGUACAGGGCGAACAGAACAUGCCUGAAGACGGCCCUGUCAUCAUAGCUGCCACCCAUCAUAACAUGAUUGUCGACCCUGCUGCACUAUCAAAUACUAUUCCACAUGGUCGUAGAUGCCAUUACUGGGGCAAACAUACCAUGUUUUCGCACCCUCUGGCCAAACGGAUUCUGGAUGACAGUGGCGUUCUUCCAGUCGACAGAACCACUAAGAACAACACCCUUCUAUACGCCUCUACUUACCAGGUAUUGAGGUUGGGUGAAGUGGUGGCUGUGUUCCCCGAAGGUACAUCUCACACGCUACCAAGAAUGGGAGAAUUCAAGGACGGAGUCAGUUGGGCGGCACUUGAGUAUGCCAAAUCAUUGGUAGACGAUAAUAAGCCAAACCCUGAUGGGUCAAUUCCUAAACCAGCCGUCGUGGUUCCUGUUGCCAUUGUGUACGAUGACAAAGCAAGUUAUAGAAGCAAUGUGAUUGUCAGAUACGGUGAACCGAUAACCAUGGACAAAUACUUGCCCCUCUUUUUGAGCGAAGGCAAACCAGCUGUCAAGCAGCUUUCGAGAGACAUUGAGGAAGCCAUCAUUAGAAUGACCAUAAAUGCGCCAGACUGGCUUUCGUAUUACUCGGCAUAUGCGGCCAGAGACAUCCUCUUUUCUGACAAGACACUUGUGUCUGAUUUCGUGCCCGUAACGCAAAGUUUGAUCAAUUCAUUGCAUGAUUGGGCUGAAAAGGAGGACGAUGUUAAACUUUUGCAAUUGGAUUUGCAAACAUAUCAUCAGGACCUGAAGAAACUGAAGUUGCGUGAUCAGCAUAUCGCAAAAUACGACGAAGAAACCAUCACGGCCAUUGCUACCAUAGCACAGCUUAUCCAAAAGUCUCUUAUGUCACUUGUCGAUCUCCCUCUUUUCUUACCUGGCCUCAUUGCGCACUUACCGCUGUAUAUCGCCGGCUAUUAUGCUGGUAAGACUGAGAUCUACAUGGAAGUUCGUGCUCAAAACAAGAUCUUCUUGGGUAUGUUGCUCGCCAUCUUCACCUACAUUUGGGUGUUCUUCUGGAGCUGGUUCAAACUCUUUGGAGCAUCUUUCUGGGGUCUUUUCGUAGCUGUUGGUGUCACUGCUACUUUCAUGUGGUACCAUGUGGUAUCCAUCGAUGAACGCUAUGACGAUUGGAAGGAUUUAAUUGGACGCUGGAGAUUAUUCGAUGCAUUUGUAAUGGGCAGAGGCAUGUGGAAGAGGCGUGAUCGUAUACAAGAAGUUAAGAAGCUUCGCCAGAAAUGCCAGCGUGGACUACAAGCCUUUAUUCGCCAACACCACAUCGAGGACCCAGAUCUUGACUAUGUAUGGCUGUCCGUUCGCUCUCGAGCCAAGGAGUUAAACCAGGUUGGCAGCGCAUCCCAACGCGGCAAGCUUACUUCACAAAUGAAGCGUGCACGAUCCUACAAGUGGGCUCUCGAGGAGUAAUAAAAUCAGUGGAUAUGUUUUGUUUCUUUGUAUUAUCGUUACAAGAAGAUAAAAUUAGUAUCUAGAAUGAGAGAAGGUAGCCAGAAAGAUUCCUUGCAGCUUAUGACAAUUUCGUUGCACUCCGCAAAAG